GCAGCGGGGCUCCGGCUCCCCUUCCUCCUCGCCAGGCGCCGCGGGGGCUGCCUGCCUGCCUCUGCCUCCGCCUCGGCCCUGCUUGUUCGGCCGCCCGGAUCAUGCGCUGAGCCGCCCAGCGAGCGGGCACUGCGGCCGCGCCAGGAGCCGCGCCGGGCCGGCAAGAUGAACUACCUGAACGUGCUGGCCAAGGCCCUCUACGACAAUGUGGCCGAAUCCCCGGACGAGCUCUCCUUCCGCAAGGGGGACAUCAUGACGGUGCUGGAACGCAAUACGCAAGGCCUGGACGGCUGGUGGCUCUGCUCCUUGCAUGGCCGGCAGGGCAUUGUGCCAGGCAACCGCCUCAAGAUCCUGGUGGGGAUGUACGACAAGAAACAGCUCCCGGGGCCCCACCAGGGGCCCCUCCAGCCUUUGCUGCCCCAGCCCGCAGGACAAACCCCACUGGCCUUUCCCCAGCAAGGGGGCUACACCCCUCUCUCCCCUGCCUCUCAGUACACCCCCAUGCACCCUUCCUACCUCCCCCAAGAGGACAACGUCUACUUAGUGCCAGCGCCCAACAAGACCCCAGGGCCCCCGGGGCCCUUCCAGUCUCCUGCCGGCAAGCAGAUUUCCGCCUACGCCAAGCAAAGUCCUUCUCAAGGCCAGGAUGUUUAUCAGGUGCCAGCCGGGCCGGCCUGCCCCUCCCAGGACAUUUACCAAGUCCCUCCAGCCCCCUCCGGCCUGGGGCAGGACAUUUACCAGGUCCCUCCUUCCCUGGAUGGCCACAGCUGGGACCCCCCCAAGGCCCAAGGCAAGGUGGUGAUCCCCACACGGGUGGGGCAAGUCUACGUUUACGAGACCUGUCCGAAAGGAGAGCAGCAGGACGAGUAUGACAUUCCUCGGCAGCUCCAGGAGAUUUACGACGUGCCCCCCACAAGGGGCUUGAUGGUGAAUCGGAGUGGCCAAGAAGUCUACGACAGCCCUGCGAUGAUGGGCAAGACCGCCAACAGUGGAGCCCAUGAGAUCUAUGAUGUACCCCCCAGCGUGGAGAAGAACCUGCCAGUGGUAUAUGACAUCCCUCCGUCAGUCAGCAAGGAUGUUCCAGAUGGCCCCCUGAGGGAGGAGACCUACGACGUGCCCCCCGCCUUCUGCAAGGUGAAGCCCUUCGACCCGUCGCGUCAUCUGCUCAUCCUGGCUCCACCCUUGGCGCCCCUGGCGGAGCCUCCCUUGCCUGAAGACGUCUACGACGUGCCUCCCCCCGCCACCAAAGGGGUGUCAGAAGCUCAGGAGAUCUACGACGUCCCACCAGGGCUGAGAAAACUGGCCAGCCAGGAGUUGUAUGACGUGCCGCGAGAGCUGACCCUCGGUGGGAAGGACGGAGAAGCCGACUACAUCUACGACGUCCCCCCACAGGCUGAUCGGGCUGACGGCAAGCGGCUUUCGGCCUCCAGCACGGGCAGUACCCGCAGCAACCUUUCCAAUUCUUCUCUGGACAUGGUGCCCGUUCGGGAAGCUCCGGACAAGGAGUUACCCCUCGACCAGGAUGUUGCGAUGGAGACGCUGGCCCGGCUCCAGAGCAACGUCAACACAUCUGUCUCGUCUCUCAUGUCUUUCAUCAGUGGCAGCUGGCGCAGCCCCGAGAGGAUGGAGACCCACGCGGGACACAUCCGGGGGGCAGCGGAGAGCAUCAAGGGCGCCCUCAGGGAACUGCUGGAAUUUGCUCGUGGGGUGGUGGGCAGCGCCGCCCAGGCCUCCGACCGCUCCCUCUAUUCCAAGCUCAGCAAGCAGGUGCAGAAGAUGGAGGAGGUCUACCAGGCGCUACUACGGCACAGCCAGGCCUUGGAGGGUUGCGGCUGGGCCCCUAGCGCCCUGGUCGCUGCCAAGCCGGGGGCGCCAGAUGACCUCGAGCACCUGGUCAUGUACUCGCGGGGGGUGCCUGACGACACCAAGCAGCUGGCCUCCUUCCUGCAUGGCAAUGCCUCGUUGCUCUUCAGACGGACCAGGGGGUCCCCGGCCUCCUCGGGGGAGGGCGGCCAUCCCCACGGCACACCCUCUGAGAAGGCCAGCAACAUCCAGUCGCGGCCCCUGCCUUCUCCGCCCAAGUUCCUGGCCCAGGACUCGCCCGACGGGCAGUACGAGAACAACGAGGGCGGCUGGAUGGAAGACUAUGACUACGUGCACCUCCAGGGGAAGGAGGAGUUUGAGAAGACGCAGAAAGAGCUGCUGGAACGGGGCAACAUCAUUCGGCAAGGCAAAGGGCAGCUGGAGCAGCAACAGCUGAAGCAAUUUGAGCGACUGGAACAGGAGGUGACUCGCCCCAUCGACAAUGACCUGUCCAACUGGACACCCCCACAACACUACCCUCACAUGCGGGGCGGCGGCACAGCCCUAGGGCCCUCCGACCGGCAGCUGCUGCUCUUCUACCUGGAACAGUGUGAGGCCAACCUCACGACGUUGACCAACGCCGUGGACGCCUUCUUCACCGCCGUGAACACUAACCAGCCCCCCAAGAUCUUUGUGGCACACAGCAAGUUCGUCAUCCUGAGCGCCCACAAGCUGGUCUUCAUCGGCGACACUCUGUCUCGCCAGGCAAAGGCCCAAGAGGUCCGCCAGAAGGUCACCCAUUACAGCAACCUGCUCUGCGACCUGCUCAAGGAGAUCGUGGCCAGCACUAAGACAGCUGCCCUCCAGUACCCAUCCCCAGUUGCUGCCAAAGACAUGGUGGAACGGGUGCACGAGUUGGCCAACAGCACUCAGCAGUUCCGGAUGGUCUUGGGGCAACUGACAGCCCUGUGAAGAAGCGGAGAAGUUCUUGGAUGAGUGAAUGGAUUGUAAAUAUUUUGUCCGGUUCCCCUGCCCGCUGAAGAAGGGCCUGUGGGGGACACUGACUUCUCCUUCCUUGGUAGACACAGACCAUGUCAGUCCCGGAUCCCUGACCCCCAAGUCUGGCUGCAGCCGAGAAGACGGUCCCAUCCCUUGCAACGAUUGUAGAGGGCAAAUAAUUAUAUUUUCCUGUUUGAUUCCAGAACUGUUUGGCUAAUGAUCACUAUUUAAAUCAAAUAAAGAAACUUACAAUCCAUUC